AUGAACUACAGACUGCCAGCUGACGAGGUGCUGCCCUGCCUCUGCCUGCAGGUCUGGCUGGAGACCCAGGACCCACCACGGGCCACCCUGUGCCCCUUCUCCCACGAUGCCGAGGCCUGGGAGCGGCUGUGGGCACGCAGCCGGCUGGUCCUGCAUGCCGAGGGGCAGGUGCUGACCUGCUCCCUCUCGGCCCCCUGCGACCUCCCGGCCGAGCUGGUGCCCUGCUGGCAGCCGGAGCCCACCGGGCCCUGCCAAGCCCUGCCUGGCCUGCAGCGGCCUGCCGUGGGGCUGGGACCCCAGGAGUUUGGGGGGCUGCAGCCGCACCCCAACCUCUGCGUACAGGUGUGGAGCGGUGGGCAGGUCCGGCUGACCCAGUGCCUGCGGGAGCAAGUGCUGCCCAGCCGCACCGAUGACCUCCUGCUGCUGGAGCGCGGGGGAAACGCCUCGCUGUGCGCCCUGGAGCGGGGCGCCUGCACGCCCCUCUCCAGCUUCACCAGCACGGGAGCUGGGCAUCCUGGGCUGCUGGAGCAGGAGCUGCGGCGGGACGUGGCGACGGGACAGUGCAGGCAGGUCUGGCACCCUCAGAACAGCACCGGGGUCGUGCUCUGGGCCUGUCCCCUGCACAAGUGCUGGCUGAAGUCCCUGAGGGCUGACUGCGUCUCCGAGGGCCCGCUGCGAGGCCGGCGGGCACUGUUGGUGCACGCGGCGGAACCGGCGGCAGAACGGGUGGCGUGCGCCUUGACGGCGGCCCUGCACCCGCUGGGGCUGGCGGUGACGGUGGCACCGGGAGCCUGUGCUGGCGGGCCCCAGCAGCCCUGCAGCGGCAAUGGGCGAUGCGACGGCAACGGCACCCGCCGCGGCACUGGCCUGUGCUCUGCAGGCCCGGGCACGGGCUGCAGCCCGGGCUACGGUGGCCCCUUCUGUGCCGAGUGCGGUGACGGCUACUACGAGGCAUCGCGGAACAAGAGCCACCUGGUAUGUGCCGAGUGCUACCAGGCGUGCGGGCGCUGCACGGGGCCGGAGGACUCCAGCUGCCUUCGCUGCAAGAGGGGCUGGGUGCUGCACGAGCACCGCUGCAUCGACAUCGACGAGUGUGGCACGGAGAUGGCGCACUGCCGAGCCAACCAGUUCUGCGUCAACACGGAGGGCUCCUACGAGUGCCGAGACUGCUCCACGGCUUGCAUUGGCUGCAUGGGUGCCGGGCCGGCUCGCUGCAAGAAAUGCAACAAGGGGUACUGGCGGGACGGAGCCAAGUGCCUGGACGUGGACGAGUGCGCCAGCACGGAGGAGCCGGUGUGCACGGGGGCACAGGAGGUGUGUGAGAACACCGAGGGCAGCUACCGCUGCGUCUGCGCCCGUGGCUACGUCCGGCAGGACGGGCAGUGCGUGGAAGACAAGCCCCCUGAGAAGGGCUUCUUUGACGACGUGACGGAGGACGAGGUGGUGGUGCUGCAGCAGAUGUUCUUUGGCGUGAUGAUCUGCGCCCUCGCCACGUUGGCCGCCAAGGGCGACAUGGUCUUCACUGCCAUCUUCAUCGGCGCCGUGGCCGCCAUGGCCGGCUACUGGCUCUCUGACCGCAGCGACCGCGUCCUCGAUGGCUUCAUGAAGGGCAGAUAG